GCCAUGGGGAAGCUGCUGAGGCGCCACAAUGUGAAGGGGCGACUGCAGCGGCCGGGCCCAAAGGCCGCCGCCGCCGCCGCCGACACCCCGGGGGACACGCCCGUCGUGCGCCUCGAACUGCACGGUAAGGAGGUGUUGAAAGGCGUGGAUGCCAGCAAUGCCCUCGUCCUGCCGGGAAAGAAGAAGAAGAAGACCAAAGUCACUUUUCAACUUAAAAAAGAGAGAAAGCCCCUGACGCGAAAAGAGAAGAAAGCCCUGCAGAGGAUUUUGGAGCAGAAAGAAAAAAAAAGUCAGCGAGCUGAGAUGCUAAGUAAACUCAAUGAAGUCCAAGCUUCAGAAGCGGAAAUGAAACUUUUGUAUACCACUUCCAAGCUGGGUACUGGAGAGCGCAUGUUCCAGAAAAAACGGAAAAUAGAGGAAGUUGGAGCUUUGGGCCCAGAUAAGAUUAGCAGCAUCAGCGGUGCCCACAAAAAAAGACGUCAGAAGGAACUGGAAGCAGAGGAGUCUGAAUCCUCUAGUGACUCCGAAGAUGCUGAGGAGGCUGGCGAACAAACAGCUUCAGAACAGACUGCUAUUGAAAGAGAAAAAAAGGCAGAAGAUUUGAGCAGUGAAGAGCCGACAGAAUGUGACAAGGGUCCGUUGAAUAACCAGCCAUCUGUGCCCAAGAUUGCAGCCCCUCCACCCACUUUGAACAAACCACCAUCCAAACCAGCCAUUUUUGUCCCAGUGGACCGGUCUCCUGAGAUUCAGGAAGCCCGACUGAAGCUCCCAAUCCUAUCAGAAGAGCAAGUGAUCAUGGAGGCCGUCACCGAGAACCCUAUAGUUAUCAUAUGUGGGGAGACGGGCAGCGGAAAGACCACCCAAGUCCCCCAGUUUCUCUACGAAGCUGGGUAUGCCAGCCAAGACAGCCUCAUUGGUAUCACAGAGCCUCGCCGAGUGGCAGCCGUGUCCAUGUCCCAGCGCGUCGCCAAGGAGAUGAACCUGUCCCACCGUGAGGUCUCGUACCAAAUCCGUUACGAAGGAAACGUGACAGAAGAAACAAAAAUAAAGUUCAUGACGGAUGGUGUAUUACUCAAAGAGAUUCAGAAGGAUUUCUUGCUUCUGAAGUACAAAGUGAUCAUUAUCGACGAAGCCCACGAGCGGAGCGUGUAUACGGACAUUCUGAUAGGCCUCUUGUCUCGAAUCGUGACCCUCCGGGCCAGGAGAAACCAGCCACUGAAGUUGAUCGUCAUGUCAGCUACCCUACGUGUUGAGGAUUUCACCCAGAACACGAGGCUGUUCCCUGAGCCUCCCCCAGUGAUAAAGGUGGAUGCCCGGCAGUUCCCAGUGACGGUUCACUUCAACAAGAGGACGCCUCUGGAUGACUACAGCGGGGAGUGCUUCCGAAAGGUCAGCAAGAUCCACCGGAUGCUUCCCGCAGGAGGCAUUUUGGUGUUCCUGACGGGUCAGGCAGAGGUACACUCGCUUUGCAGAAGACUGAGGAGAGCUUUUCCAUUCCACAGCAACAGGCAGGAAGAGAGUCUUGAGAAAGAAAAAGAAGAUUCGGUGGAAGAAAUGAGAAAAUUCAAGAAAUCCAAACCAAAGAAAGUUCCGACCCUGCCUAAAAUAAAUUUGGAUAAUUACUCUGCGAUGCCAGUGGAUGAAGGAGAUGAGGACAGAGAAGGAGAAAUGGAUGAUGAAGAGGAUGCAGUGGGGUCUGAUAUUGACCUAGACUUAGGCGAUGAGGACACUGAAGGAGGUGAGAAGCCAGACUCCUCCCUCCCACUUUAUGUUCUUCCAUUAUAUUCUUUGCUGGCACCAGAGAAACAAGCCCAGGUCUUCAAACCCCCUCCCGAGGGGACCAGAUUGUGUGUCAUAGCCACUAAUGUGGCCGAAACAUCCCUAACCAUCCCCAACAUCAAGUAUGUGGUAGAUUGUGGGAAGGUCAAGAAAAGGUUUUAUGACAAAGUGACGGGCGUUUCCUCUUUCCGGGUAUCCUGGACGUCCCAAGCUUCUGCAGAUCAGCGAGCAGGAAGAGCUGGAAGAACAGAGCCGGGUCACUGUUACAGACUGUAUUCGUCUGCAGUUUUUAGUGACUUUGAGAAGUUUUCUCCUCCUGAGAUUACUAGAAGACCCGUUGAAGAUUUAAUCCUUCAGAUGAAAGCUUUAAACAUUGAAAAGGUAAUCAACUUCCCGUUCCCGUCACGGCCACCGAUGGAGGCCCUUGUGGCUGCUGAGGAGCUGUUGCUCUCGCUUGGAGCCUUGCAAGAGCCAUCGCAGAGAGGAAGCCUCGAAGUACUGCAGAAGGCCAAACUGUGCUGCCCGAUUAGUCCAUUGGGCAGAACCAUGGCAACCUUUCCCGUGGCCCCGCGCUACGCGAAAAUGCUUGCCCUGAGUCAGCAACACGACUGUCUGCCCUACAUCAUCACCAUUGUGUCUGCCAUGACUGUCCGGGAGCUGUUUGAAGAAUUUGACAGACCAGCCGCCAGCGAAGAGGAGCAAGCAAAGCUCAAAGGGAAGAGAGCGCGUGUUUUCCAGAUGCAGAGAAUCUGGGCUGGACAAGGAGCUAAACUGAAGCUUGGCGACCUCAUGGUGAUGCUAGGUGCCGUGGGGGCUUGUGAGUACGCUGGCUCUGCUUUUCAGUUCUGCCAAGCCAAUGGACUGAGAUUCAAGGCCAUGAUGGAAAUUAGGCGUCUGAGAGGACAGCUGACCACAGCAGUUAAUUCCAUCUGCUCAGGCCUUGGCCUGUUUGUAGAUCCUAAAAUGAAGCCUCCCACAGAGACCCAAGUGACCUAUUUGAGGCAGAUCGUGUUGGCAGGCUUGGGGGACCAUGUAGCCAGGAAGAUCCAGAGUGAGGAGCUGUUGGAUGAAAAGUGGAGAAAUGCCUACAAGACUCCGCUCUUGGAUGACCCCGUUUUUAUCCAUCCAAGUUCAGUCCUUUUCAAGCAGCUUCCCGACUUCGUGGUCUACCAGGAGAUUGUUGAAACCACCAAGAUGUAUAUGAAAGGUGUCACAGCAGUUGAAGCGGAGUGGAUCCCGGCCCUCCUGCCGCCGUACUGUCACUUUCAGAAACCCCUGGAGGACCCUCCCCCGGCCUACUGUUGUGAAAGCGGCCGUGUCAGGUGUCAUCGGCCCAGCGUGUUUUAUCGUGUUGGUUGGGAGCUCCCUGCUGUUGAAGUGGAUUACCCAGAGGGGAUUGAACGCUACAAAUACUUCGCCAAGUUUUUACUGCAAGGAAAGGUCUUUCCCAAACUCGCCUCCUACAGCAACUGUUUGCUGUCCAACCCAGUCACGAUGUUGAAGACGUGGGCCAAACUCCAGCCCAGAACUGAGAUACUCCUCAAAGCCCUCGUUUCUGAAAACGCCUAUUGCCGAGAUGCCGUGCUGAGUGCUUGGAAGAAAGAUCCGAAAUAUUUGUUAUCCGCCUAUUGCGAGUGGAUCCCGCAGGCCAUGCAUGCUGACGUCACCAAAGCCUGGCCACCCAUCCAAACAUGAGCCUUCAGAUGUGUCCUCUGCUCCAGCUGGUGCCUUUGAUCCUGACACCUUGGAAUCUCACCUGGAAGAAAUCUUCAUUUCCGUGGGUUUUUGUUUUUUUAACUGAGAGACUGCUUCCCUGAGUGGGCUCUGUCCUGUUGGACUACGGAUUCUCCUCGCUUGCUCUGAAGAGGCAAGAUGAACUAAAUAUGUGCGGGCACAAAUCCAAAAUGUUUAUUUCCCUAUUGUAUGCAGAAGACACUCAGUCCCAGUGUACAGUUCUCCCAUUUUACAGUUUUGUAAUAUUUAUUCCUAAUGGACAGUU